CUCUCCUACCCCAUGUAAAAAAAAAAAAGAUAAGAAAUUUGAUACUUCUUAUAUUAAUUUAAGACUUCAAAUGACUCAACCAACAAAUCUGAUUUACCUAGACUAUACCUAAAACACGAAUCAGAAUGCAAACACAAUUCAGUCAAGAAAAUAAUCCGGUCAUUCAUGAUCAAUACGAUAGAAUCUAAACCACCCCCGAGACAUAAACUAUCUUCCAUUUCCAUACCUAACUAAUUGAGAAGAACUAGGGGCAAAAGUUACGUUCUUUGAUGAAGCAUUACUCAAGAGUCAAGAUGCUGUUGGAUGGAGUGGUCAGGACUCAGUCAGGAGGACGGAUCAUAAUAACAUUCUCUAAGUUAAUACAUUUGUAAAAUCUAUAACGAAUUUGAAAAGAAAAAAAAAAUUUAGAGCAGUUUGUAAGACAUUGUUCGACGGACAGACGAACAAUUUAGCUUGUUGUUUCUUCAUCAAGUUUACAAGUACUAGUUGGAGGAAAGGUAGCUAGGUAGCGAGAGUAGCUAGCUAGCCUGUGCCUAGUGGGAUUUCCCUACUUCUGUACUUCCCCCCAAUCCCCUGAAUAUAAUAGCGCUUUCAGUACCUUCAAAAAAAGCUAACUUAUUAUCAUACGACCUUAAUACCCAAUGAUUGAGUCCACGACCUCACCAGAUGGCCAUAUAAAGUUGCAAAUGGCAACAGCAACCUGUGUAUGUAGCAGCGGGAUCUUCCAUCCUACGAAAAGAAAUGAAAGAAGCCAAACCAGAAGAAGAAGAAGAAGAAGAUCCAAACCAACCAGUAAAACGACUAUACUAUACAUGAGAAAGAAGAAGGCCUAGGGGUCACUAAUUAUUAACUUAUUAUUAUUAUAUCUCGUCACUGUAUCAGAAGAACUCUCUGUCUCCAUCCCUGUCUAUCUAUCUCUCUCCAGUCUCCAAACUCUGCCAUGUGCGGCUCACGCUCCAUGCUCCCUCCCUUCGUCUUCUUCCCCAUUAUUGCGUACAGUAACAUGCAGCUGAAGCCAGCCACGCCAUCAGCAGCGAAGCGACGACCGCAUAUUCGAUUCCGUCGACGGAAAAGGAUCAACUGAGCCUGAACCGUGAUCAAACCUGGGCCGUAACUAGUUUAGCCUAAUCGCUUUAAUGGAGAUAGGCCUUUUUAGUUUAAUGGCGCCCAAUCCAUCCGGCCCAAUUUCUAGGGCCCAACUGUUGUAGCUGCUUCCUUCCUUCCUUGCUGUUUGGCGCGUCAUGACUCAUAAGUGACGUGUGUCCUGAGCUGGCUCCAUGUUUCAGAAAACUUUUAAGAAAAUCUUUGCUUUGGCCAUGCAACGUCAUACGAUACGUUGCGCCAGCAUCUGCACAAUCCAGAAAAUAGAAAAAGAACGCAGCAGCCGGCAGCAACUAACGCCAGCUGCUUCAUUCUUCCAGAAAGCUAUAAAUAAGCUUGUAGCACGGGACCCAGAAAAAUUUAUCCCAAACCCAAACAACCAAACCAACCCAACUAGAUUCAUCAACGAAUUUCUCCCUUUUCUUCUUCGUUUCUUUUCCCGGAUUCCUUUGUUUCUCUUGCGCCUUCUUCCCCAAGCUAACUCCCUCUACUUCUUAAACCCCUCAAAAAAUUUUGUUAAUCGUCAUUUCACAUUCCCCAUCGUCCACCGGGAAAUCAUGGAAGAGCAGAAGGGAUCGUCAUCGUCGUCGGGAACGGGACGCCGCCUGGUGGUCGUCGGAGGCGGCGUUGCCGGUUCAAUGCUCGCCAAAUCUGCCCAAUUCACUGCCGACGUCACCCUCAUUGACCCGAAGGACUAUUUCGAGAUCACAUGGGCAAACUUGAGGAGCAUGGUCGAGCCUUCGUUUGCAGAGAGAGCAGUGAUCAAGCACCGAGAUUACUUCACGAAUGGGCGCGUCAUAACGUCCAAUGCUGUCAAUAUCACUGAGAAAGAAGUCAUAACUGAAGAGGGCGAGGCAGUUGGGUAUGACUAUCUUGUUAUUGCAACUGGCCACAAGGAUCCUGUCCCUAAGACUAGGAAGGAAAGACUUGCUCAAUACCAUUCAGAAAGUGAGAAGAUCAAGUCUGCUAGUUCCAUUUUGAUAGUGGGAGGGGGUCCUACCGGUGUUGAACUUGCUGGAGAAAUCGCUGUUGAUUACCCCGAGAAGCAGGUUACACUUGUUCAUAAUGGUUCAAGGCUGCUGGAGUUUAUUGGGCCAAAGGCUGGAGCUAAGGCGUUGAAAUGGCUGAAAUCGAGGAAGGUUGAAGUGAAGCUGGAGCAGCGAGUCGAUCUGGACAAUAUUGUCUCAGAUGGCAACGGCAGCAAAACAUAUCAUACCUCAUCCGGUGAAACUAUCCAGGCAGAUUGCCAUUUCUUGUGCACUGGGAAACCACUGGCCUCGUCGUGGCUUAAGGAUACCAUGUUGAAGAGUCACUUGGAUGGUAAGGGGAGGCUGAUGGUUGAUGAGCAUUUGAAGGUCAAGGGCACAAACAAUGUGUUUGCUAUCGGAGAUAUCACCGACAUCCCUGAGCUCAAGCAAGGGUACUUGGCGCAAAACCAUGCCUCAGUAGUUGCGAAAAACCUCAAGGUAACUUUGAACGGAGGAAGGCCGUGCAGAAUGAGCACUUACAAGCCAGGAUCAGACUUGGCAAUCGUCUCACUGGGAAGAAGAGAAGCUGUGGCACAGUUCCCAUUUACAACAGUUAGUGGCGUUCUUCCAGGCUUGAUCAAAUCCAAAGACUUGUUUGUGGGGAAAACCAGAAAGGCGAUGGGGCUAGACCCCUAAUGUUGCAGACCACUGAAGCAUUGAUUUGUUGGUAAAAACUUGGUGUGACCGUGUUGUAUUUGUUUGUAUGUCUUCCAUACUGUUUUACUUUCCCUGUAUUAAGGUUCAGCUGUGAGGGUUACGUCAUGUAAUGUUAUGAGCUUAUAGGUUCGAGCUUGGCCAAGUUGUUGUAUGAUAUGUUUUCUUUGUAGGGUUGAAUCCCGGGCAAUGCAAUAAACUUUUUGCGCUGGU